CAUCAUCAUCAUCAUCACCACCACCACAGCAGAAGCCUCCUCCUUCUUCCUCCUCCUCAUCAUCAGCAGCACCACCACAUCAUCCUCUGAAGCCCGAGAGGCGCGUCGGUGAACUUUUGCCACCAAAGCCAAGCGUCCCCUCACAAAAUGGAGGACGGCUACCAGAACCGGACGGCCUUCAUCAAAGGCGCCAAAGACAUCGCCAAGGAAGUCAAGCGUCAGGCCUCCAAGAAGGUGGCCCGCAGCGUGGACCGCGUCAACGACGAGUACAGCCGCCGCUCCUACAGCCGCUUCGAGGAAGACGAGGAUGACGACUAUCCGGCGCAGGACGGCGGCGGCGGCGGCUACUACCGCGGCGACAGCCAGGCAGCCAACGAAGACGAUGAGGGCGGACACAGCGACUCCACAGAGGGUCACGACGAGGACGACGAGAUCUACGAGGGCGAGUACCAGGGCAUCCCCCGGGCCGAAUCGGGCAAGGGCAGCCUGGCCGGCGGGCCCGGCUCGGUUCCGCAGCAGUUCCGGGACGUGGCGGCUUCCGAAGCGGAGAGGCGUAAAGACCAGGAGGAGCUGGCGCAGCAGUACGAGAGCAUCCUGCAGGAGUGCGGCCACGGAAAGUUCCAGUGGACGCUCUACUUUGUGCUGGGCUUGGCGCUCAUGGCCGACGGCGUGGAGAUCUUCGUGGUGGGCUUUGUCCUGCCCAGCGCCGAGAAGGACAUGUGUCUGUCCGAGCCCAACAAGAGCAUGUUGGGUCUGAUUGUCUAUUUCGGGAUGAUGGUGGGGGCGUUCCUGUGGGGCGCCUUGGCCGACCGGAUCGGUCGCCGUCAGUCUCUUCUCAUCUCGUUGUCCAUCAACAGCAUCUUCUCCUUCUUCUCGUCCUUCGUGCAGGGAUACAGCACCUUCCUCUUCUGCAGGCUCCUCUCGGGCGUCGGGAUCGGAGGCUCCAUUCCCAUCGUCUUCUCCUACUACUCGGAGUUUCUGUCCCAGGAGAAGCGAGGCGAGCACCUCAGCUGGCUCUGCAUGUUCUGGAUGAUCGGCGGCAUCUACGCCUCGGCCAUGGCCUGGGCCAUCAUUCCGCAUUACGGAUGGAGCUUCCAGAUGGGUUCGGCCUACCAGUUCCACAGUUGGCGUGUUUUCGUGCUGGUGUGCGCUUUCCCCUCGGUCGCCGCCAUCGCCGCUCUUAGUGCCAUGCCAGAGAGUCCGCGCUUCUACUUGGAGAACGGCAAACACGACGAAGGCUGGAUGAUCCUCAAGCAAGUCCACGACACCAACAUGCGAGCUAAAGGACACCCGGAGAAAGUCUUUACCGUGACCACCAUCAAGACAGUGAAGCAGAUGGACGAGCUGGCGGAAGGUGGCACCGACACGCCUGUCUGGCAGCGCUACCGCCUCAAAAUUAUGAGCCUCUCCCAACAGAUCCGCAAUAACAUCGUUGCCUGCUUCAGCCCGGAAUACAAGCGGACCACUUUUAUGCUCAUGGCUGUUUGGUUCAGCAUGUCGUUCAGCUACUACGGCCUGACCGUGUGGUUCCCGGACAUGAUCAAGUACAUCCAGAAGCAGGAAUACGAUUCGCGCACCAAGACCUUCAGCAAGGAACGUGUGGAGCAUGUCACCUUCAACUUCACGUUGGAGAACCAGGUGCACCGCCAAGGCUAUUACUUCAACGACAAGUUCCUCAACCUAAAGAUGAAAUCGAUGGUGUUUGAGGACUCCGUGUUUGAGGAGUGCUAUUUUGAAGACAUCACGUCCACGCACACGGUCUUCCGUAACUGCACCUUCAUCGCCAGCUUGUUUUACAACACGGAUUUGUUCAAGUACAGGCUUGUGGAUUCCAAAUUGGUGAACAGCACCUUCCUACACAACAAGGAAGGCUGCAUGCUGGAUUUCAGCGACGACUUCAACAACGCCUACAUGAUCUACUUCGUCAACUUCCUGGGAACGCUGGCCGUUUUGCCCGGCAAUAUCGUGUCGGCUCUGCUCAUGGACAAAAUUGGUCGUUUGCGGAUGCUGGCGGGGUCCAGCGUCAUUUCGUGCGUCAGCUGUUUCUUCCUGAUGUUCGGCAACAGCGAGUCGGGCAUGAUCGCCCUCCUGUGUCUUUUCGGUGGGAUUAGCAUCGCCUCCUGGAACGCCCUGGAUGUCAUCACCGUUGAGCUGUACCCAUCUGAUAAAAGGACCACGGCGUUUGGAUUCUUGAAUGCUUUGUGCAAGCUGGCGGCUGUACUGGGCAUCAGCAUCUUCCAGUCCUUUGUCGGCAUCACCAAAGCCAUGCCUAUUCUGUUUGCCGCCGGCGCACUGGCCGCAGGGAGCUUCCUCGCCACAAAGUUGCCCGAAACCCGGGGUCAGGUGCUGCAGUAGUAACCGAUGGCAUCAGCGAGGUGAGCGGGCCAGCACCCGGACGAGGCAGUGCGGGGCGGAGUGCCAGCGCCGCCUCUUACAAACACCGCAUUGCCAUUUUUUCGAAAGCCCUAGAAUGCACCUCAAUGUGGAUGACAUCAUCUUAUUUGGGGGGGAUUAGUUUCGACCUUAGGGGACUCCCCAUUUGUUUUAUGGUGCAGGUGAGUGUUUUGCAUGUGUUAUGAGUGAGGGAAAACUUGCGUCAUUCCAUAAUUCUUUUUUAACUAGGAAUUAUAGCCGAUUGGUUCUGAAAAGCAGAAUGUACAGAGAGUAGGCAGAGUUUACAUAAUUUAAAAAAAGAACACACAUCAUCACACCAACUCCUAUGAAUGCUUUCAUUCAGCAUUUUAAAGCGGCUGACUUGCCUGAAACCAUUACCUCAAUCCAAAAUGGCCGAUUUUGCAUCCCAAUAUAUGUCACCGAUUGACAUGGAAUUUGGCUGGUGUGUCUAUCAUAACAAGAGCCACAAAAAAUCUCAAGGACCCUUGCCCGAAUUUGAACAUUUUUGUUUGAAGCGGCCAUUUUGAGGCAAAUUCUUGCAACUAAAUUCUUCAAUGUCCUCACUUAUGUUCUGCUUAUUUCUCAUAGACAUUCAUGCUAAUCAUAAGCACAAACUGGGCCAAAAGAAGCAUUAGUGCAUGAGUGAUGAAAACAUGAAUAAGGCACAAAAUAUUUCAUGUAAAUUCAGAAUUAUAAUUUCCCCGAUGGUUAACAUCCAGUUUGUGUGCGGACAAUCAACGACUGAGGAUUUAAUUUUGUGUGCAUCCAUGACAUUUUCCCCGAAAGAAAAGUGUGUUUGUGUAUGAGAACAGCGAGCUUUAAAGUAAAAACACUGAACAAAAAACACCCAGUUCUGCCUAAAUUGUCUAAAGAUGUGCAAAAAUAACCGUGCACAUAAAAUAUUUGACUGUUAGCAAUCCAGGCUAACCGUUUCAUUUCCAAGCUUAGCUAACAACUUAAAUUUGAAAAUUUCCGGCCCUCAAAAUCCCCUUACGUCCACUUUUGCAAGAAAUAAGUUCAUGUGCAAAAAUAAUAUUCCACAACUAUAUUUUGAGUUUCAGAGAGAGAAGAGGGGGAACUCCACCUCACAUUAUAUGCUGUUUAAUGUAGUAGACCCGGGUGCUCUUUUUGCAAGUAGAUUUUUUUUUAGAUGAAUUUAGGGGAAAAAAAGAGGCUUAAAAAAAUGGGCGACUCAAUUCGCCGAAUGAUCGUGGCGCAUGUUUGUAUCGUGUUGUCUGACUUUUUGGGAUGUCUUUUGUGUGCCGGCCGUUUGUGUCUUUAAAAACGCGACGAGUAGCGUUUUAUUUCAUUUGAUAUAUUUUUUUUCCCCAUUGUUCGCCGAUGAUUGCGAUGACAUCGGUCUGUUGCUUGCAGUUAUUGUUCUUGAUCAAAGUGGGAUUUUUUUUUACAUUGGUGAAACGUAUGU